UUGGUGAUUGGACUUUAGAAUACACAUCUUUGAAAUCUUUUACAUAUCCAAUGCCUGAGACAAGGUUUUUUCAUGCUGGUCUGAAUGUAUACAAAUUCAAGAUCAAAUAUGGCAAUACAAUUAGCAUUAAUACUGACCUUGAUGAAAACAUUGUCAGUAAGGAGAUACAGACCAAAAAACGAAAUAAAUUUAGAGAGAUCAUGGACAUAGAAAGAGCUACCAAACAGAGAAGACUGGAAGAGAUAUUAGAAACUUCACAUACACAGCACUACGUGAACAGAAAUUUAGCUGAAAAUGCAAUUUUUAUGAAUACAAGCCAACCGAAUGCUGAAUUUGGCAGGACAGCACUUCAAAAAGAUAUGACGUUUCCAGUGAAGAAUCAGUCAGAAGAAACCAAGUAUUCAUGCUGCAGCUCUCUCAUCUCCACCAAUGGUUAUAAUGUAAAGGCUUUAGGACAACAUACGGAAAUUAACAGGACAAAAAAUGCAGAGAACUAUAAACAAGAGAGACAUAUGCUCACUUCACAGAACAGAUCAGAGCAAAGAAUGGAGAUGAAAAAGAAAGGAUUCUUGGAACACUUGAAAAGCGCUCUCUUUUCACUGUUCCUUUAACAGAAUUGAAGGCAAUGAUCAAGCCUUUUGAGUCCCUUGUAUAACUGCAAAGAUGAGAGAUGCCUCUUCAGGAAUAUAGAAAUUCAAAAAGAAAGAAGCUUGCUGUUUGACUUAAUACAAUUAUUUUAAAAACAUUAAGAUGCUUUAGGAUCUCAU